AUGUCACGGUUUUGGGUCAGUCCUGGCGUAGCCUACCUCACUCGGGGGUUCCUUUCUGUAUUUUUUCCGACCGCUUCUUCCGUCAUUAUCAUACAACGUUUGGCUUCUCUGCAAGGUUUUCGAGUCCCCCAUGGCUUUUGUCCCUGGUGGUUUUGGGCGCAGCCCCUCUGGGGUUUGCUGCUUAUAUUUUCGUUAAUGUCGCAGCGACGAAAGGCCACUCGACUCGGUGCCAGACUCGUUCCUCGUGUCCAGGGCAAAUGGCCUGGAAAUCUGGACAAGGUAGUGGACAUAUUCAUGAGGUUGGAGAACGAAUACCUUGGUAUAAUUUCCACCAUGCUCGUAACUGAUCAUCAGAACUACGUCAAAGGUGUAAAGUUUGGAAAAACAGUUGACUCGGUGCUUGGAACGGGUGUAUUUAACUCGGAUGGGAACCUUCAACAUGCUUAUAGGCUUCACCGAACUAUGACACGGCCUUUCUUCAAUCAUGAUCGGAUAAGUCAUUUUGAGAUCUUUGACCGUCAUGUGAAUCGUACUAUCGCUUUGGCGAAGGAACGUUUCAAGAUGGACUUGGCGAUCGACUUCCAAGAUCUCAUCUCCAGAUUUACACUUGAUUCUGCAUCGGAGUUCCUGUUUGGACAUUGCACUGAUUCACUUUCCGCCGAACUUCCUUUCCCCCGUAACACAGGAGAAUCCACAGAUACCAUUCAAAGAGACAUUAUAGCAGCCUUCUCAGAUGCUUUCUCUCAAGCUCAACAUGCAAUCAGUCGUCGUCUUAUACUUGGGUCGACGUGGCCAAUGACUGAGAUUCUUGCUGACAGCACCGCGCAAGAUAUGAAGGUGGUCAGCGAAUUUUUGGAUCCGAUUUUCGAAGCCGCUCUGAGGAGGCAUAGCACGGCUGCCAAAUCAGAUGAAAACAACACUGCGGGCAACGAAACGCUUGUGGAUCAUCUGGUAAAACUGACAUCGGACUUCAAAGUCAUCAAGGACGAGACGUUGAACAUAUUACUAGCAGGAAGAGAUUCGAUAACCUCGGCGUUGACUUCGGCUAUUUAUUUACUUGCAAUGCAUCCAGAAGUCCUCUCUCGGCUUAGGGAGGAAAUCAUAUCGAAGUUUGGGCUAAGUGGCGUGCCCACACAUGGUGAUAUCAAAGAGAUGAAGUACAUGCAGGCCUUUCUCAAUGGUGCAUAUUCUCAUUUCCUGUCGGAUGUGGAGGCGCCACUCACCUAUUUUAGAAACAAUACGCCUCUUCCCUCCCCUGUAAGAUCACCUAUUUCAGUGUUCCUUAUGCACAGAAGAACAGAUCUAUGGGGACCUGACGAUAAGGAGCUUGAACUUCCGUUGGAGUUCGAUCCGGAUAGAUGGCUCGACGAGCGCUUGCAGAAAUAUCUGCUUGCCGAUCCCUCAAUUUUCCUUCCAUUUAACGCUGGACCAAGAAACUGCUUAGGGCAAAAACUUGCCUACAACCAAAUGUCGUUUGUGCUUAUCCGUUUGCUGCAAAUUUUUUCCGCGAUUGCAUUGUCCCCCGAGCCUUCAAUGUGUCCACCAGCAUGGUGGGCUGAGAAAGACGGUCGGGCGGCAAUCGAGCGGUUCAAGCCGAAAAACCAUGUGUUACUUUAUGCCGAGGGUGGUAUGUGGGUCAAGAUGUUGGCUGUAGACGAUGUCGAAGUCAUACAGUGA